AUGGCUGCGUUCCAAAUGACCAUCUGCUGCAUGGGCGCGGGCUACGUCGGCGGCCCGACCAUGGCCGUCAUCGCGGCCGCCUGUCCCGACAUCAAAGUUGUGGUCGUCGACGUGUCCGAGACGCAGAUCGCCAAGUGGAACGCGCCGGACGCGAUCCCCAUCUACGAGCCGGGCCUGAAAGAACUGGUCAACGCCCGCCGCAAUCGGAACCUCUUCUUCUCCACUGACAUUGACACGUACAUCAACGAGGCAGCGAUUAUCUUUGUGUGUGUGAACACACCAACGAAAACCAGUGGCAUUGGCGCCGGUCGAGCAGCAGAUACCAAGAACUGCGAAGCCUGUGCGCGGAAAAUCGCCGAAGUGGCUACAGAAGACAAGAUCGUCGUGGAAAAGUCGACGGUGCCGGUCCGCACGUCCGAGAGCAUCAAAGCUGUGCUGCAGGCGAACUCCAAAGGACUCCACUUUGAAGUGCUGUCGAACCCCGAGUUCUUGGCGGAAGGCACGGCCAUUCGGGACUUGCAGCAGCCCAGUCGCAUUCUAAUCGGUGGAGCAGAGACAACGGCAGGUCAUGCAGCAGUGCAGCAGCUCGUGAAUGUCUAUGCCCAUUGGGUUCCGCGGGAUCGCAUCAUCACGACCAACGUCUGGUCUUCUGAGCUCUCGAAGCUCGUGGCAAAUGCCUUUUUAGCGCAGCGAAUCUCGAGUAUCAACUCUAUCUCGGCUGUCUGUGAAGCUACCGGGGCGAAUGUGCAUGAAGUCGCACGAGCAGUGGGUGCAGACGACCGUAUUGGCGCCAAGUUUCUGGACUCUUCAGUGGGCUUUGGAGGCUCGUGCUUCCAGAAAGAUAUUUUGAAUCUUGUCUACCUGGCCGAGAGCUUUCACCUGCCUGAGGUGGCCGAGUACUGGCGACACGUCGUGACGAUGAAUGAGUAUCAGAAGACGCGCUUUGCGACAACAAUGAUCCGUCGCAUGUUUAAUACGGUCACGAACAAGAAGAUCUGUAUCUUUGGAUUCGCUUUCAAGAAAGACACUGGCGACGUGCGCGAGACGCCUGCUGCUACGAUUGUCAAGUACUUACUGGAGGAAAGGGCCAAUGUAACCGUGUACGAUCCGCAGGUCAAGAUCGACGACAUGAUGCACGAGCUCGAGUAUCAAGGCGUGAAUAGGGCCAACCACCCUCUGAUCGACAAACUCCUCACCGUGUCGGCCGAUCCAUAUGAAGCUGCCAAGAGCUCGCAUGCUAUUGCUGCACUCACGGAGUGGGACGAGUUCAAGACGCUGGAUUAUGCCACGAUCUACGAGAGCAUGACGAAGCCCGCCUUCUUUUUCGAUGGCCGCAACAUUUUGCCCCACGAUGAGAUUGCCAGCUUAGGGGCCAAAGUGUACGUCAUUGGCCGCGCAGACGUGAUCUCGGACGAACUGCACUUCUAG